ACCUCUUCCAGGGUGUUGUGCAAAAUUCUGCAUUUUUAACGUAGGACAGGAAAUAUGACAAGAGCCAGGCAGAACCCAAACAGCCAGCACUGCCGGUUAGGCCGAGGUUUGCCAGCUCCGGCGGGGAGCAAAUCAAAGGGUUUGCUUCGCUUAUCUACCCACCCGUGAUUUUCCAGUGCUUUGGGAGUCGCAAUUCCUUCGCUAACAGGUUUUAAAGGACCGGCUUUGCUGCUUCCCUCUGGAGCAGCUCCGCAGAGGGGUUUUUUUUUUUUUCCUCCCUUCUCUCUCAUGCUUUAUUUCCCGACUCCACAGUGGGAUGGGUCGGUUGCAAAAGAUUCUCCUUCCCUUUUUGGGAUUGGUUUUGGCCUUCUGGUUUUAUUCUGCGAGGGAGAAUUUCAAACCGGAGAUGCUGAAAGGGAAGCGGGUGAUUGUCACCGGAGCAAGCACUGGAAUUGGCGAGCAGAUGGCGUAUCACCUGGCGCGGAUGGGAUCCCACAUUUUGAUCACAGCACGGACAGAGGCCAAGCUGCAGAAAGUGGUGGAGCGGUGCCUGGAGCUGGGGGCAGCCUCGGCACGGUACGUCAGCGGCACCAUGGAGGACAUGGCCUUCGCCGAGCACGUGGUGAAGGAGGCAGAGACCUCGCUGGGAGGCCUAGACAUGCUGAUUCUUAAUCAUGUCGGCACGUCGUACUUUGGUUAUUUCAACGGGGAUGUUGGGCAUGUACGAAAGCUCCUGGAGAUCAACUUCCUCAGCUAUGUGGCAAUGACCACAUCUGCCCUGCCCAUGCUGAAGGAGAGCGAAGGCAGCAUCGUAGUGGUUUCAUCCAUGGCAGGUAAAGUCGGGUUUCCCUUUACGGUCCCCUACUCUGCGACUAAGUUUGCCUUGGACGGAUUUUUCAGCUCCCUGAGGCAGGAAUUCAGCAUUCAGAGCGUGAACGUUUCCAUCACGCUCUGCAUCCUUGGCUUCAUCGAUACCGGUAAGAUCAGUGCUGUCCGAUCCAGCGCCGAGGUGCUGCUGGUGCCGCCGGCGCCGCGGGAGGAGUGCGCGCUGGAGAUCCUGCGGGCCGGGGCGCUCCGCCGCCGGGAGCUCUACUACCGCUACGGCUCCACCCGCCUGCCGCUGCUCCUGCGGGACUGGGCCGCCGAGCUGCUGGACUACCUGGUCAGGAGCCGCUACCGCCUGGACGGCCUCAAGAGGAACUAG